GGGUGGGCGACGUCAUGGCGGUGACGUCUUGCUCACCAUGUCCAGUUCUUCCCGCAGGGCGCAUAUGGCUCUCUCCUUGCUGGACACCAGUUCCUCCAGGUACUGGUACCGAAGCUUCUUCCGGGCCCGACAUUCUCUGGCGCUCUGGCGACUUCGCUCCAGCUUGGCCUUCAGGUCGAUCUUGGCGGGUUUGCGGCCACGUUUCCCAGGUUUCUUCACUUUGCCGGCCACCAUCUGAUGACGAUGAGCACAACAGAGCGCCGCUAGUAUCAUGCUAACGCUACAUGCCCUCUAACAACACGUGUCGCAACAUCACGUAACAACGACUGGAGUGACACUUGAGCUUUGAUGUGCUCAGAUGACACUUUUAUCUGAAAAGAUGUUCGCCGCUUACCUUGUUUUCGUCCAUGUUGCUGUCAGCUAGCGGCUAGCUCACGUCAGCCUCGCACGGCUAACAAGCUCAGCCCAGGAGAAGAAAGACAACAAAAGCGACAAUCAAUGAAAGUAAAAGUGACAAACACGUCUAAAAACAAAAAAACAAGGAAAGCACAAAGAUGCCAGCUGCUCGACACCAUUUGUUGUUUAGAUGUUUACGUCAUCGUCUUUUCCGGUCUACGUCGAUGACCACGCCCCUUUUGACUAAACUUUAUUAACCGGAAAUGUGGACUUAAACAUAAACAUAGAUAAUGAAUAAAAUACGACUAAAGUCACUUCCUUGACACAAAAGAAUGAGGUCUUACAAUAUUUCAUCUACAUUUGUGAAGGUCUAGACGGUUUUGUGAGAAGAUGCUAACAACACGCUAAGCUAACUAUACAUGCUAAUUCAAAAAAAACAUUUUUCCUCCUUACAGAUGUUUUAUUUCCGUUUCCUUUAUAGCAUCCUUUUCUUCCUUCGUGUGUUUGCGUGUGAGCGAUGGAAGUGUGUUGCGAUGCUAACGCGGUCAUUUUAAAACGGGUGCCUGCGCCUUUAAGAGGCUGAAGCUCCUCCGGAUGACGUAAGGCUUUUAUUUUUCACGGCCGUGACCUCAUCUGCAGCAGAGACUGUCUCUUGGACUUCCACUUUCUCUCCGUCACGUCCUCAGCGGACACAGAAUCCGACUUGUCGCACAACCCGACUCGUCGGCGCGCUUUUGAAGUCUGACGUCGAACUUUCGAAGGGUGAGUUGAGAAAGUUGAGCUCGGGGUUCCGGAAAGUCACGUCGUGGUCACCCGAACACAGAAAGUCGCAACUAGUAGGACGUGCUGCCGACGUCACAGCUUGUUGGGCCCGCUGGUUAGCUACGCUGCCAGCAAACUACCGUCUGCUCAAGCUUGUUUGCGUCCAUGGUCGCAGUUAUUCGAAUUGAACAACGUUUAACUGAAACAAAGUUGUCAUCUUGCGCUCCGAUUGGCCACCAGCAAAGCCCCGCCCCCUCUGAGCGACUUGAACCAGUGCUGCAGUUCAAAGUCCUGUUGUCAGGUGAGGGGAAUGGCGGGCGGGGCUUACCUGGCAGUGGGAGGAGCCUGAGAUGGACAAGAUGGAGUAUUAUGUUGUUGGGUUGUUGGUGACGUGAUGGCGGCCGCCUUCUAUUUUUGUUUUUAGCCCCACAGCGACAAUGUUUCCGCACCGGCAUGAUGUCAUCACCUCCUGAAUCUUGUCACGCCUCCUGCUGAGUGAAAGCUCCUCCCCCCCUCCGACACGCACCGGGCGGUUCUGGGGACGGUGGGGAGGAAGAGGAGGGUCUGAGGUCCAGAUGCCAUCGGGAUGACGACAUCGGCGUCGGCCACCAUGACAGCGGUCUUCCCGUGAGGCCUUCGACCAGAACUCGGACCAGGGAGACUGGCGGGCAUGCUGAGGCCCGGCAACGUGCGGCCCAUUAGGGCGGAGGCUCUGGUGGCGCUGCUGGAGGGUGGUCUGGACCGUGUGGUUCUGAUUGACAGCAGGCCGUUUGUGGACUACAACACCUCCCACAUCCUGGAGGCGGUCAACGUCAACUGUUCCAAACUGAUGAAGAGGAGGCUCCUGCAGGACAAAGUCCACAUUGCCGAACUGCUCCAGCACUCGGCCAGCAACAAGUUGGAGCUGCAGGCUCACCACGAGGUGGUCGUGUACGAUCAGAGUUCUUCGGACCUGUCCUCUCUGGGUUCUGAUGGUUUCGUCAGCGUGCUGCUGGUCAAACUGGAGCGCAACUUCCCGUCCGUGCACCUGUUGGAAGGUGGUUUCUCAGCGUUUUCCCGCCUGUUUCCCGGCCUGUGUGAGGGCAAGUCGGCGCAGGUUCCGUCGUGCAUGUCACAACCGUGCCUGCCCGUGGCCAACACGGGCCCCACGCGCAUCCUGCCUCACCUGUACCUGGGCUGCCAGCGCGACGUCCUCAACCAGGACGUCAUGCAGCAGAACGCCAUCGCGUACGUGCUCAACGCCAGCAACACGUGUCCCAAACCCGACUUCAUUCCCGAGUCGCACUUCCUGCGAGUCCCCGUCAACGACAGUUUCUGUGAGAAGAUCCUGCCGUGGUUGGACAGAUCUGUGGAGUUCAUAGAGAAGGCCAAGGCCUCCAACUCCUCCGUUCUUGUCCACUGCCUGGCGGGAAUCUCCCGCUCGGCCACCAUCGCCAUCGCCUACAUCAUGAAGAGGAUGGACAUGUCUCUGGAUGAGGCGUACAGGUUCGUCAAGGAGAAGAGGCCGACCAUCUCUCCGAACUUCAACUUUCUGGGUCAGCUGCUGGACUUUGAGAAGAAGAUCAAGAGUCGUCACGCCGGUCAACCGCAGCCUGUCCCUCAGAACCUGCCUCUGGAUCGUGAUGUCAGCGGGGGGGCUCUGCUGGAGCCCCUCGUGCUGCCCCCUGAGGAGCGUCUGUUAGUUCAGGCCCUGGGCGGUCUGCAGCUUGCCGGCGAUGACGGCGCCCACCUGAAGCGCUCCUUCUCUCUGGACAUCAAGGCGCAUGGUGAGCUGGGCGAGGGUGCCGCCCACAGAGGCUUUGUUCCUCACAGUGGGCCGGGGGACGCCACUGCUAAAGCGUGUCACUUCUCUCCCGUGGAGGAGGUCUCGGAGCAAAGCCCAGACAAAGACGACGCGCAUGAGACGCCGCGAGCCAUGUCCUCGCGGGAGGCCGCCGCCAACUUCCUGUUUGGACUGUCGCAGAGCCAGCAGCACCUGGCCAGAGCGGGCCCCGGCGGCGCCCUCAAAGGGUGGCACUCAGACAUCCUCCUGGGGCCCGUCACGGCACCGUCCCUGUCCUCCCGGGCGGGCACCUGGUACAUCUCCUCGACCAUCUUGAGCGGCGGUGGCAGUGGAUUAGCGGCGUACGGCUGCAGCCAUGGGCCGGAGGCGGUGCGGCGGCGCGGGCGUCCGCGAGACGGCGGCGACUCGCGCAGGAGCUGGCACGAAGAGAGCAGCUUUGAGAAGCAACUGAAGAGGCGAAGCUGUCAGAUGGACUUUGGAGACGGCGCCACGGACAGACGCUCCCGUGACGACGUGGCGCAACUCGGAAAUCGCUCCAGUUUUUCUGGAAGCCUGGAGCUCAUCCAGGUGUCCUGAUGGGAGCGCCGCCUUUAGCUUGUCAUGUUUGUACCUCCGCCUCCUGGCUGCAUCAUGAUGAUGACAAUGAAGAUGUGUGUGAUGUGGUCGUACGUAAACGAGAAGAUGAAUGUGAUCUUCCAAGAUCCUUCUAGAAUGUUAGCAGACUGUCUUUGAUUACAUUUUCUUUUACCUCUUUCAACACCAUCUUGUCUUCUCUUCUUUCUGUAAAAAUGCAAAAAUAUUGGCUGUUUUUUAAAAAAAGAAAAGAAAAAAAGAG